AAAUAAAAAACAGUCCGUUGCGGUUGAGUUUGGUGAAGGAAGUCCCAGGUCGCGCAUAAAUUCGUGUAUCGAUCUCUUUCUGCAAUCCAGAGUUCCAGACUCAAAAUCGAAAUCCCAUAUCUAUUAAUUUCACCAAUCAAACUUCGAAGAACCCCAGAAACCUCUUCAAAAUGCAAGCAAAAGCCCAUCAAAUCCUCCUUCAAUUCCCUGACUCAGGCGUACAAACCCUAACCCUAGAUCACACCCAAGCCAUAACCCUCCACAGCCUCAAGCUCUCUCUUUUCCCCAAUAAUCGAAAUCUCUCCUCUUUCUACUUCACUCUCAAUGGAAAACCCCUUCAUGAUUCUACUCUUAUUCCAAAUCAUAAAAUUUCUCGUCUUUCCACCCUCGUUUUGCACUCUCGCCUCCCUGGAGGCGGUGGCGAUGGCGGUGCAACGGGUGCUGAGUCCCGUGACUGCUAUCUGAACAUGUACGCCGACAAAAAGCCUGAUAAGGUUGAUCCGAACGAGCAGAGACUUUCGAAAUGGCUCAAUUGCGCUCUCUCCAACGAGCCCUUGACGCAGCCCUGCGUUAUCGAUCGCCUUGGUAAUAUAUUCAACAAGGAGGCGUUGGUAGAGGCUUUGAUAGGCAAAAAAUUACCCAAGGAGUUCGGAUACAUAAAGGGUUUAAAGGAUAUGUUAAAUAUCAAGCUAGAACCAAUUCCUGGUGAGGAAUCAAAUAAUGCAAGAUUUCAUUGCCCGAUAACAGGGUUGGAAUUCAAUGGGAAGUAUAAGUUUUUUACUUUGAAGAAUUGUGGCCAUGUUUUGAGUGCUAAGGCAUUGAAGGAGGUGAAAUCAUCAUCAUGCUUGGUUUGUUACAAGGAAUUUGAGGAAUCUGAUAAGAUUGUGAUAAAUGGGAACGACGAGGAGGUGGCAGUUUUGAGGGUAAAGAUGACGGAAGAGAGAUUAAAAGUGAAGGAUAAGAAGCCAAAGAAAGUGAAAAAUGGGGAGGUGGCUGUUAAUGGAGAAGAUAGUGUGGUUCUGGAUUCACAGUGUUUAAGUGGUAAAAAGCAUGGGCUUGUUGAUGCUAAGGGUGUAGAGAAAGUUGUUGGUGAAGUGGAAGCAAACGGGAAGGUUGAGACUGUAAAAGGAGUGACUAAUGGUGGCGCAGCGAAGCGGUUCAAGGCAGCAGAUAGGGCACCAGCCAAUGCAAACAAAGAGGUGUAUGCAUCUAUAUUUACUUCUUCUAAGAAGUCAGAUUUUAAGGAGACAUUUACCUGUAGGUCGCUCCCACUUGGUAGGAACUGAUUGCUGAAGGUUUGCGAGGGUGUCGUCUGUCCAUUUUUUAGUUGAUGCUUUUAUUUUCUUUGUACGCUGUAAUUUAGAGUUAAUUGUUUGGAAAUUGGAAUAGAAAGGCCUAAUGUCCUGAGGCUUGUCAGCCCUUGUGUCAUCUUUGGUGGUUUGCUGGGAAAUCAAAUCUAUUUGUGUAAUUGUGCUUUUCAUCAUGAAUCAUUACAUGGGAAUUUUUCUCUCUUA